GGCGCUUGUGGCUGGGACGCCAACGACAGCGACUAUGUCACCGCCAUUGGCCAUGCCUUCUUCGAUGGUGACGCCAAUCCGAACCUCAACCCAAAGUGCGGUCAGAUGAUCCGCGCUCAGUACAACGGCAAGAGUGUCGACGUCAAGGUCAUCGACUCCUGCGGUGCCUGCAGCGAGAAUGAUCUCGACAUGGCCAUGGGCCCGUUCCACGCCCUCACAGGUCAGACUACCGGCAAGAUCAGCCCGAUCGAGUGGGUGUUUCUUUAG